AUGACUUCAACGAAAACUGAUCCAAUUGACGAUAUAGAAACCUCUGUAAUUUCGACUCUUCCUUCAAUUAAUACUUCUCCUCGUUCUUCAAUCUUUCAAUCUUUCUCUCCUCGUACAUCUGUUCCUUCUUCUCCAAUUGGUCACCAAAGAAUGAAUAGUUCGGAAACAACCUCUUCUUCUUAUCGUGACUCUGGUUAUUUCAGAGAUACCUUGACAAGAGAAAAUAUGAGUGCUCAAAGAACUAUUAAAGAAUUAGAAAAGAAAGUUGCCGAUCUUACUAUCGAAAUUGAACGUUCAAAAAGUGAACAUCAAGAAUCAAUCGAUUUAAAUAGAACUCAUGUUAGAAGAAUUAAACAAUUGGAAACUGAGUUGUCUCAGGUUAAGAUUGUUAAUAAAACCAUGUUGGAAGAUAAUAAAAAGCAUCAAUCUAUGUUGAAUGAUAAGGAUUCCGAGAAUGAAUUGGCAAAGAAUGCCGCUUUGGGUAAUAAAAACAUUUCCGAUUCUUCCGAUUUGGAUGUUGAAAUUAAUCAUUCUGGUGUCUCGCUUGUUGGAGAACGUGUUCACAAAGAAUGUGAUCAUACUUUAAUUGAAGAACUUCAAAAUGAAAUCAAGAUCCUUAAAGAUGAUAACCAGUCAAUGAAUCAAUAUAUUCAAAAAAUGUUAAAUCGUAUAAUGGAAGUGGAUGGAUUUGAAGAAACUUUGGCUACAAACUGGUCUCCCGAAUCGCAUCAAAAAAAACUUUCAAAAGCCAACGAUCGAGUUUCAAAUCCAGUAUCACCAACAAGUCCAAUUACUUCUAACGAUUCUUUAAAACAACCUCCUCCUUCAAGACCACGUAAUAAUUCUUUGUCAGAUUUUAAAUUCCCUUCAAAUUCUUCUGUUAACCCCUCGUCAUCUCCCACCUCUACGACUUCUAAAUUUUCUCUUACUCCCCUUACUACUACCUUAAUUAAUUCUCUCUCUUCUCCAACUUCAAAAGAUGAGAUAAUAGAUGAUAAAAAUUCUGCUGUGCCUACUACAAGGAAAUUGCAUACUAGUGAUGAUUAUUCUGCUGUUAGUCAACGUCCAUCUGCCAAUGUUCCUAGACGUUCUCAAACUAUGAACAAUGGUUCUAAUAAAAGAUUUAGCAUAUUGAAAUGGGGUUCCUACGCCUUUGGUACUAAUGCUGCUGCUUUGGCUGCUGCUAAAAAGGAGGAUCCAAGAAUGAAACCAAUUUUACUCGUUGAAAAAAAUCGUGAAUAA